AUGAAGAACAUCCUUAGACUCAGCCGCGCAGGUGCCCGCUCCCUUUCCGGCAGCCCCUCUCACUCUCCUUUCCUCCGGUAUGCGGUCAAUGCCGCAUGGCAAAGGGGCUACAGUGCCUGGCAAUCGCCAAGCAGAAGCGAUGGCCUACCCGGCAUCGAUGCUUCGAAGCUCUCCGUUACAAAAACUACCAGCCCAAAGAAUCUUCUCCCGCCAAAAGAGCUCGUUUUUGGAUCGACUUUCACAGACCACAUGCUCCGGGUCAAUUGGAACACCAAAGAUGGAUGGUUGGCCCCAGAAAUCGUACCAUACCAGAAUCUUAGCCUUGAUCCGGCCACUUGCGUUUUCCACUAUGCCUUCGAGUGUUUUGAGGGAAUGAAAGCCUAUAAAGGCAAGGAUGGCUCUAUCAGAUUAUUCAGGCCCGAUAAAAACAUGGCCCGACUCAACAAGUCCUCGAAACGCAUUGCGUUGCCCACCUUCGACGGUGAAACGAUGAUAAAGCUAAUUGGGGAACUUGUGAAGCUGGACAGCAGAUUUAUUCCACAGGAACGAGGCUACUCCCUAUAUCUCAGACCUACCAUGAUCGGUACUCAAAGCACGCUUGGUGUGUCCCCCCCGGGCUCGGCAAUGCUCUUCGUGAUUGCUAGCCCCGUUGGGCCGUAUUAUCCUACCGGUUUCAAAGCUGUCUCCCUGGAGGCGACGGACUAUGCUGUUCGCGCUUGGCCAGGAGGCGUUGGAGACAAGAAGCUUGGAGCAAACUAUGCGCCAUGCAUCGUCCCACAACUAGAAGCCUCUACCCGUGGAUUCCAGCAGAACCUUUGGCUUUUUGGCGAAGAGCAAUACUUGACUGAAGUCGGUACCAUGAAUCUCUUCAUUGCCAUGAAGAACAAGGAGAACGGCCAAAAUGAGCUCAUCACACCCCCGUUGGAUGGCACCAUUUUGGAAGGUGUCACCCGGGAUUCUGUGUUGACGCUCGCUCGUGAGAGACUAACACCCAAAGGCUGGAAGGUCAGCGAGCGCAAGCUCACCAUGGCCGAGCUUGCAGAAGCAGCAGACGAAGGCCGAUUGAUUGAAGUCUUCGGUGCCGGCACCGCUGCAAUCGUGAGUCCCGUUCGUAAUAUCAGCUGGAAGGGACGACUCGUCGAUUGUGGAUUGAAGAAGGACGAGGAGGCUGGCAAGAUUGCGCUCGAGAUGAAGAACUGGAUUGAAGGCAUCCAGUAUGGUGAAGAGAAGCACCCAUGGAGGUAA